GCGGGCUGUCGGUCACGUAUCACCUAAGUAUGGAAAUGCCGAUUUGAUGAUAUCCCAUUCAAAAAGCGAACACUUUUGCGUAUUGGUCAUUUUACUGUCAACUACAGCAGUUUGAGCGGGCCAAGAAUGAAAACCAGUUUGGCAGUGUUACUUGUGCUCCUUGCAGCUACUCUUGCUCUAAGGAAUGGAGGCAAACGUGGCAGACCCAACAAAAAAUUUCACAAUCAAAACUUGCAGGAGUGUGGCCCAGAUAUAACGUGUUCUCAGCCUCUGCGUUGUUGUCCGGGAUUGAGAAACGCAACAGUUUCUCACUGUCAGAGAGUCAGCCCGGUGAACGGCCGCUGCGACUUGACCGGAGAAAGCGGGUGUGGAUGCGAGAGCGGCCUAGUCUGUUCGAAUAGCACAAUCAACAAACGUAGACUGCAGCAUGAUGUCGAUGAACAUCGUGACAGCCAUGAAAAAAAUCGCUCCAAAUCCUGGAAUCAUGGAAUUUGUCUUCGGCUGAACGCUGACGGUACUGAAGAUACUACGUCCAACAACAACAGAAGCGAUUCGUCUGGUCGUCGAAAUCUACAAAGAAACCAGGAUAGAGACGGCAAUCCCCCCCAAGAACCAAAGUCCAAACUCCCAAAGCAAGAGUGUGAGUUGACGGGGACAGCAAGCGAUGCAAAUGUGUGCCCCGAAAAGUUUCAAUGCUGCCCGGGGAAAAACGCCAGUGCAUUUUUCUGUCAAAAACCGCGUAAACUCAACAAAUCGUGUGAUCUCGACAAUCAGAAGGGAUGUGGAUGCGUGACCGGUCUAACAUGUGUAGACGUGACUGAUACCACAAACACAAAACCCAACAAUGGCAAAAGAACAAGAAUGAAUAAACGUAAAGGAGUUUGCCGUGCACAAACAACAGAGUGAAACAGUUGUUUUACUAAGAGACAUGCAUGCAACACCGUUGUCUGCAGACGUCGUGGCUCUAUUUGAUUUCUUUGUUUCUGUUGUGAUUGGCUCUGACAGUUAGUAGUUUCUGGGUGCUAUAGUUGAAAUAUAGAAUAACAAUCA